AUGAUGAGCUCCAAAGAGGAAGAAACUCUGAGAUUUUUCCAGUAUGUUGAAGAUAGCGGACUAAGAGCCUACAGCGGGCUGGUCUCUCAGAACCUGGACCACGCCAUGAAUGAGAGGAACAGGAUUUACCUACAGGAGAAAAACGACAAGAAGAGAAAACAGGAAGAAGCCAUAAAGAGGUAGGAGGCUUAAAAUGCGUUCAUACACCUACAGGAUACUCUGGGCCGCAGACCUUUGAUAAAUAAUACAUACAUACAUGUCAUGCUUGUCUAUAGAUGUGAGAUGUUGCAUCAUACUCGUGUGAGGACUUAACAUUACAUGUAACAAAGCAUCAAAGACAGUCAUGCAUCUUAUAAUACACCCCAAAACAAACACACACACAAACACUGCAUGCUUGUCCAGUUAUAUAUAGAUCCACUUAUACAUUACAUGCUUGUAAAGUCACAGGCUUAAGUUGUUGCUCUGUGCUGCUGAUGCCACGGACCUCUUACAAUCACAGCUAACCUAAGCCUCCAAGACAGACAAUGAAACUGGCCCAAACAAGCCCUUAGGGCACCCAGUCCAAUCUUUCAAGGAGGCCUUCGGAGUUCCGCUCCCUUAAGCUGGGUGUACACUACGUGAUUUUGGCCCCGAUUUCGCUGUCCCAGACAAGUUUUUGCGAUCGGAGACAAAAUCCCAUGUUGUUGCCUACUCGGGGAGCGCGGCCAUCACCGACGCUCUUUUAAAGUGAACGGGUCAGAGAUGGAAUCUGAGGGCUACCGAGCCCAUCUUUGAGCAGUCCCAGACGUCCCGAUAUUUGGAAACGUUUGAAUUUAUCGGCACAAAAUCUGCAAUGCUCUUGUACUGUGAGAUAUGCAACGACAAGAUUUGAGAACAGUGAUCUGCAAUAGCCAAUGAGAGCUCUCCAGAGAAGGAGCCAGUAAGAUGAUGAUGUUGUAUCGCAUCACACAUAAUGUGUACUCUCGAGCAGGAGCGAUGACUCUGACAAGCUCUUUACACGCAAUGUUAUUACAUUCAAAAUGGAUUGGCUAGAUAUUUCAACUCUGUAUCGCAAGCAUGAAUGUCUGACUGAAAACGUUUAUGAGGCUGCUUUGAGCCACAGCUCGUUCUAGCUAUCUAAUCACAUCACAUCCUUGUUUUAGCGAGACAGUGUAGUAUUUUUAUGGUGUGUGACCCCCGUCUGUGCACACCACUACGUUGGCAAGACAGAAACACAACAGGAAAGACUGUCAUUUAAUAUGAGAGGCUCAGCGAUGUUAGGAUUUUAAAAGUCGUGUAGUGUUCCGCCCGGCAUUAUGGUGCGUCAUUCUGAUUUGGAUCAAAGGCUUGUACUGCAUUGGUCAAACUGUUGAGUUUCCAUACACAACAGAGAAGAAAGGGUGCAUGUACUCUAUGUGGUUCUUGAGUGUGUGUGCACGGGUUGUGUGUGUGGGUCUUGAGUGUGUAACAUGUCCUCAGUCCCUUCUGUUAAAAGCUCACAGUGUGUGUGUCCCGUAAGCUAUUACCAUAGCUUGGGGUUCCAGUGGGUCAGUGCGGGCCUCUCUACGGAGUAGAGUUAAUUUGUCAUUUACUGACUUAUUUGGGACUUGUCCUUGGCUAGAGGUCGUCCCUGCCUGUUCCACUUGAUGGAGAGUAGUUUUAAGGUAGCCUGGUCUCAGAUCUUUUUGUGCCGUAUAGCCAACCCUUAUGGCCGUUGUUUGGCAUGGCAACGGCAAUAGGACUUGGCAAGACAGCAGAAACAGAUGACAACAACCAUAGGAGCACAAACACAUCUGGGACCAGGGUAGAUUUAGGGGGAUUGUGCUCAUAAAAUUGAUGGACGAGCCCACAUUCACUAUUGGACAUGAAUGCACUAAGUGUUUGUUUGGUUUAAGGUUGUUUUUAAUGUAGGGCCAAUCAACAGAACUAUAGGCUAUAUUUGUUAGCUGGCUAAUGAUAGAAGAGUGGGCCAAAACUCAAAACCAGUCAUACAUAAUGUGCAUAAUAUUAUUUACUAACUGAGAGUUUGUAAUUUCAGUGGUCUGAUACAGUGGUUACAAAAAGUUUUGUCUGAUUCUGUACAAAGCAUUGGAAUUCGCAUUGGAAUAGUCAGUAGUGUCUUGGAAAUGUUUGCGUCCUCUUUCACCCUCUGUCCCGGUGAAAGUGAGGCAGAGGAGACUGGUUGUCCUGACUUGGGGAUGUGUAGCGGCACCACGUGGCGAACAGGAAGUGGGCGCACAACGUGGGCAGCACGUGGAGACGGCGUGCUUUGGUUGUGUGUGAACAAGUAGGUGCUGUGGAGCAAAUGUGUGGUUCACCCAUAAAGGAUGAUAGCAGAUGGAUAGAGAGUUGCAGGCGUCUGGUUGUGUGCGCUUUCUAUUGCUACAUGCUAACAGUGGUUGCAGAGUUCCUCGACAGAUUCUCUUUCUACAUGGUGGCAAAGUCUCUGCAACAUCUUCUAGGUCCAGGAAAUAUGUUCCAAAGCUGAACAGUCAUCACUCUUUAAGCCUUGAAUGGCAUUGAUCGCUUUCACCUGUUAAGCUCUGCAAAUGUUGUCGAGAGUGUCGAGUAUGUGCAGUGCCUUAAAGCUUUGGCCAUUUAGUGUCUUCUUCUGAUAGUAAAUCUGACUUCAACUACAGUUGACUCCUAAUAUUAUAGUGGGUGUCAGCAGUGUAUACAUUUCCAUUCGUUAACUGUACUAGUUCUCUGCACUUGCAAUGUUUACACGCACAACACUGUUUAUAUUAGUAGCAUUUAUGAGCAAGGUCUAUUUGAGCAACCAAUAGUGCAUGUUUUAAAGCACAAAAUCCUAGGUCCUUCAGUCCUAUGAUGAAACGUUCUAUGGAGUGCAGAACAAACUCAUAGAACCUUUCACUCAAAAACAUUGCAGCAAAAGUUACCUAGCACACCCGACAGCGAGUCUGAAGUCAUCCUAACUUUGUACCCAUUCCAAGGGAGGUGCUGCCUUGAGGAAAGUGGUAUCUAGUGUCCUGAUAUCUCUCUAUCCGUCUCUCAACUGUUGUCAAUGUAAAAUAUUAAUACACAGAAGCUAGAGGAAGAGUAUAAAAAAUAGCUGGAUUUUUGAUGAGGCCUAUAAGUAGGUCAAUGAGAUGACCCAUUUUUACAGUAACUGAUGGAGGGAGAGAGAGGCAAAAAGAGAGAGAUUGGUAAGGAGAGAGGGAGAAAUAGAUAUAUACGAGAGAGAAUGGGAGAGAGAGAACGAGGGAGAAUGUGAGAGAGAGAGAGAGGAGAGGGAGGGGGAGAGAAAAUAAACCUGUUAGAAAGAGAUUAAGUGUGAAGAGCUCGCUAGCAGGAGAUGUGUUCUGCCUGGUGACAGCUGGAACAGCCGCAGGCCAAUCAGAUCACCACGUUGGUUUGAGUGAGGAGGGUCUUCCUGCCUACACUGCUAUCCCACUUGUGUUUCCAUUGUAUCUGAAGGAGUAGUUAUUCACACACACAGGGAUAUACACACAACUGUUGUCGGGCAGUUCUGGUUCUGUGUCUACACUUGAGUGUCUGUGACUUGGAACGUGCAAUAUGUCACCAACAAACAAAAUAAUUGGGUUUAUGUGUGAGGUUAACUGUAAGGGAAAAGUCUGUCCAUGACACUCAGUGUGUGUUGUCACUCGCACACACGCACGCACGUGCGCAUGCACGCACACACACACUCACACACAUGUAUAUGCACAGCAAACCUCACACACAAACUUAGUUCUGUUAUUUUUUGGUGUGUUAUUGUGCCUUCAAUGUCACAUAGACUCAAGUAGCAUACUGACACAGAGCCAGAACUGCCCGACGACAACCCUUCAUCCAACUGUUCCAUGUGCACCUGUGGUCUAAGUUCCAGCCAAUCACUGGGCAAAGAUCCUAUAAAUAACACACACAUACACUCCACCAGUUACACACCUGGUGCACACAGCUCUGUAUGUGUUUAUGUUUAUGAGUGCUUUCCUGCAGACACCUGUGUGUGAGCGAGCAGAGCUGAAUUAUUAUUACGUAUGAUUAUGAUUACAUUAUUUUUGUCAUUUCUGCAGAGUAUACAAAUUAAGUACCACCAUGUUAUAGUGAAGCCAUAUUUCCACAUUCAUGGAUAAAGUUGUUCUAAUUCUAAUGAAACGACAAAUGAUUAUGAAAUAGGCUAAUGUUAUGACAUUAUUAUUAUAAUUUCUGCAGGGUUUAUGAGUUAAGAGCAAAAGCUACAACUCGUUACUUGAUUUACUACACUGAAAACAAUGAAGGUUCUUAAAGGGUUCUUCCUCAGCUGUUAAGGUUCCUUGGAGAGAACUCUUGGCCGAUAAAGAACCUUUGAGUUAAGUGGAGGGUUCUUGACGUGACAUCUACGGUUCUUCGGAAUUCUAAAAGGUUCUUGAAAUAAUAAUAUGCCAUUUAGCAGACGCUUUUUUCCAAAGCCACUUACAGUCAUGCGUGCAUACAUUUUUUUGUGUAUGGGUGGUCCCGGGGAUCGAACCCACUACCCUGGCGUUAUAAGCGCCGUGCUCUACCAGCUGAGCUACAGAGCCUGCAGAUGUGUCCCUUUUAUAGCAUACAGCAAUUAACACUCAGUUGUGUAAAAUAACCCCAGUGUUGGUGAUGAUAAUCAAAGUUGAACCAAAACCAUGCCAAUCGUUAUCGUAUUUCCCAGCAUGCUCUACUGCAGGUAGAUUUUUUGAAUUGUUUGUUUCAAUAUCUAUGUUUUUGCAUGUACAUGAUUGAUUAAUUAAUCUUAUUCUACUCAAAUAUAAAUAACGUACAUUUUUCUAAACUAAUUCAAUCUGUUAUUUGUUCCACUUUAGAUUGGCUCAUAUCUUAGUCUUCCUAACCCUGGCAGUCAUUCUGUAAGCAAAUGUUGACUAUCCCCGCUCUUGCUGGAUUCCAGUUGGAAUUACACGCAUAAUGUGACUUUCAGGCCUGAUGUGGCCUGUAAACCAUGAGUUUCAGGCCACUGUAUUAGGGUAAAACUAGGCCCUCAAAAUAAGGCCUAAUGAAAUAUGUAUUAUACUGUCCUAAAUAAUUAUUAUUUUAGGAUAACACAAUCACUUAGGAUUUUACUUGGUGAAGACCACAGGACUGAACAUUUAUGAACGCAACAACCAUGUCACUAGCAAACACAGUCAUGGGUGGUCUAAAAUAAACUUGAAAGGCACCCUAGGAAAUAUGCAAAUAAGGCUCAACAACAAGGUGUUGAGUGUAUGUGGUUCUUCAAAGAACCAUCCCAUUUAAGGUUCUUCAGAGAGCCUAAAAUGGUUCCCCUAUGGCAUCGCUCUGAAUAACCGUAUUCGGUUUCAACUUGAACCUUGAUUUUUAACAGUAAACAUAGGGAAAACAAUAACUCCUGCCAUUCAGAUACCAUGGUUAGUGUGUUUUAUGACAGAAAAAGAAGAAUAGAAAAGUACCAAAGAGAGUGUUUGAAAUGGGCACUGUCUUCUAGGCUACAUAACAUCAACAGUGCCAAGCUCCUCUGGGCACAAGGCACGACCAGGAAUACACACUGAGAGCGGUGUGAUUUUCCCUCCCUGGUCUUGAAAAUGCCAGCUCAACGCUACCUCCAUCAUGGGCGUGACUGGCACGGUCUACUGCAGUGAUUCAUAACCAGAGGUCCUGGAACCCUCAGGUGGUGUGGGAUAGGUUUGAUAGCUGGAGGAGGGUAGGUGUCAUAUAGCUGUACACAAGGGAGGUCUACAGGUUAAAGGAAAGAUUCACCCUAUUUGAAUGCUACAUCUGUGUUCUAUUGAUUCCUGGGGUCAUUUCAUGUUUUCAUGUGUGUCUGAGCUAUUGUCGUUCAAGCACGCAGAAAUUCGGCCGGUAUGACAUAGCAUUGUGAUAAAGCCGCUCUCACUACACUGGAAGUUAAUAGGAAUAUGACUUUUAGAUCGCAAAAACGUCUAUCAUAUAUGUCAGAUUUCAAUACUGGCUGAUAUCUCAACGCGGGAGCCAUUGAUAAUAUUUUUGCAAUAUUCCUACCUCGAGAAAAUUGUAAUUUAACAGAGGGUCCACCACAUAUCUCCUAUUUGUCUGCCUCUUCAGUCCAGGGUGCAUUGAAUGAUGCCAUUGCAUGGCCGUUGUGAAUGUCAGACUCCACUCUGCGAGGCACAUCGUUCUGUAAGUUGAACAUGGUGAGAUUGUAGACGCCUAAAUUGAUAGUGCAGUUUGUUUAGGUGAUUUUACAGCUAACUAGCUUCUUUACAUGCUGAUAUUGACUUUGGUAUUAUUGUGUGUAACUACGUUUGGUAGCUAGCUACCUAGCUUGCUAGCCAGCCAUCCCAUAAAGAGAGCAUUGCAUUGUGCGUUUUGUAGUCGACUUGAACUGCAACAGAUUUCCACAACGAUUUUCACAUGUUGCUACCAAUCUUAUUAUAACAAUAAAAUGAAACAUUUGUGUUAUUUAACACUGUAAAUUAUAGGAAUUAGUGGUUUUGGGUGGAUUUUUCCUUCAAGAACUACAGAUGGGAGUUUGGGACAUGGGACCUGUAGUUUCUCAUGUGUGCGUUUGUUGUGCUGAACUGGCCAGCUGCAGGCUUUGUGUCUGGUUUCCGUGGGUACCCUGUUGCUAGGCAAUGUUAAGCCCCUGACCAAUGAACCCAACCCUCCAAGCUCCUGCUGCUCAGCAGCUGGCUUGGAGUCAGUGGGAGUCAGCAAAGUCACACAUGCACACACAAACACGCAAACAUCCACCCACCCCCGCACACCCAUGCAUUCAAGCAUUUGUACGCACACAAUGUCACAAUAAUCUUCCAACUUUUUAUUUUGACUGACACAUUGAUUUAAUGUAUGGAUAAACUCUUGGACUUAAUUUCCAUUAUGUGGGCUAAACCAUCAAAAGAUACCAAAACACAGAAAAGCCAUUGGGUUGGUUUUCCUAUAACUAACUGAUUUAGUGCAGAUGAUUGAUUCCCCUCCAUGAUAGUAACUAGACAAAAACUGUUUAGAGUACUAACAUAUCAACAUCACUGAUUCUGUCCUAUUGGUCUUGAUAGGACAUCCAUUCUAUGUUGUCCAAAACAACAGUUUUCUAACCUUUUCAAAGAGGCACUCUGCAACUGGAGUACUGUCCCCAUCAGGGUUGAACUACAUGGGGUUCAACUAUCAUCCACUGACAUUGUGAAAACUCUGCAUCGGUGCAAUGAGGAGUUUGAUUUGUACUUGAGCGCCAACAGAGAAAGAUGUAGGGAGGAAGUGCAUAUUCAACACAGUGGAUGAUGCACAGUAGUUUGAAUGGCCACUAUGUGAGUGGGUGUGUGCAUAUGCCAAAAGUUCCGUAGUUGUGUGGCUGGAGAGAUAAUAUUUGUUAGGCUAUUUGUUUUUGUAGGGUUCAAUUGAUUUACAGGUAUGUAAAUCAAUUGAAUGUAUGUUUGCCCCCAAAAAAAGUAGAAGGGUUGACCUUAUACCACAAUCAACACAUUUUCGUAUCUGACGAUAUCUGAUGAUAUACAGUGCAUUCGGAAAGUAUUCAGACCCAUUCCCUUUUUCCACAUUUUGUUAUGUUACAGCCUUAUUCUACAAUUGAUUACAUUAAUUGUUUUCCUCAUCAAGCUACACACAAUACUCCAUUAUGACAAAGUGGAAACAGGUUUGUAGAAAUUGUUGCAAAUUUCUAAAAAAUAAAAAACAGAAAUACCUUAUUUACAUAACUAUUCAUACCCUUUGCUAUAAGACUCGAAAUUGAGCUCAGGUGCAUCCUGUUUACAUUGAUAAUCCUUGAGAUAUUUCUACAACUUGAUUGGAGUCCAGCUGUGGUAAAUUCAAUUGAUUGGACAUGAUUUGGAAAGGAACACACGUGUCUAUAUAAGGUCCCACAGUUGACAGUGCAUGUCAGAGCAAAAACCAAGACAUGAGGUCGAAGGAAUUGUCCAUAGAGCUCAGAGACAGAAUUGUGCGAGGCACAGAUCUUAGGAAGGGUACCAAAUCAUUUCUGCAGCAUUGAAGGUCCCCAAGAACACAGUGGCCUCCAUCAUUCUUAAAUGGAAGAAGUUUGGAACCACCAAGACUCUUCCUAGAGCUGGCUGCGCAAUUGGGGGAGAAGGGCCUUGGUCAGAGAGGUGACCAAGAACCCGAUGGUCACUCUGACAGAGCUCCAGUUCCUCUGUGGAGAUGGGAGAACCUUCCAGAAGGACAACCAUCUCUGUAGCACUGCACCAAUCAGGCCUUUAUGGUAGAGUGGCCAGACGGAAGACACUCCUCAGUAAAAGGCACAUGACAGGCCACUUGGAGUUUGCCAAAAGACACCUAAAGACUCUCAGACCAUGAGAAACAAGAUUCUCUGGUCUGAUGAAACCAAGAUUGAACUCUUUGGCCUGAAUGCCAAGCAUCACGUCUGGAGGAACCCUGCCACCAUCCCUAUGGUGAAGCAUGGUGGUGGCAGCAUCAUGCUGUGGGGAUAUUUUUCAGCGGCAUGGACUGGGAGAAUAGUCAGGAUCGAGGGAAAGAUGAGUGGAGCAAAGUACAGAGAGAUCCUUGAUGAAAUCCUGCUCCAGAGCGCUCAGGACCUCAGACUGGGGCGAAGGUUUACCUUCCAACAGGACAACGGCCCUAAGCACACAGCCAAGACAAAACAGGAGUGACUUCGGGACAAGUCUCUGAAUGUCCUUGAGUGGCCCAGCCAGAGCCCGAUCGAACAUCUCUGGAGAGAACUGAAAAUAGCUGUGCAGCGACGCUCACCAUCCAAACUGACAGAGCUUGAGAGGAUCUGCAGAGAAGAAUGGGAGAAACUCCCCAAAUACAGGCAUGUCAUACUCAAGAAGACUCAUGGCUGUAAUUGCUGCCAAAGGUGCUUCAACAAAGUACUGAGUAAAGGGUCUGAAUACUUAUGUAAAUGUAAUAUUUCAACAUUUGCAAACAUUUCUAAAAACUGUUUUUGCUUUGCCAUUCUGGGGUAUUGUGUGUAAAUUGAUGAGGGGAAAAAACUAUUUCAUCCAUUUCAGAAUAAGUCUGUAACGUAACAAAAUGUGGAAAAAGUCUUUUUUUUGUCCACCACAUCUCCAAACUGCAUUUAAACUUUAGCCGUGACAUCUUCUGUUUGCUGGUUACCUUUUAAAUAAAAAUAAAUAAAAACAGUACUUGAAAUGAAGCUAAAGUCACCACCAUCUGGCAGUAAGAGAGUCAGAAAUCAACUCUAUAGUCCUGUGACUGUUAAAAGCCCCAUCCUGCCACAUGAACCACUCCAUUCAGGCCAAUCAUCCGUGUUUUUAAAGAGUGAUCGAUGGUGGCUGGAGUGGGGGACUUCCAUCGUGUCAUUGUGUCUCUGAGGCUGGGAGCACUGAGCUAACCGUGCCCAGGGUUAAACACAAAUCAAUGGCUACCCACAGAGAGAUUCUCUCGGCUGAGUGGCACUAAUGUGGCUCUCGUUGUUGGUGCUUGCAUCAUUUGAGCCGUCACAAAGCGACUAGUGCAAGCGGAAGCACACACACGUGCACAAACAAACAUCAAAGUAGACCUCUGUGUGCUAUUUUUGGUUCAAGUUCUUGUGAAAGGGCAGACCUUCCAGAGGUGAGGGAAGGACUGAUGUAUCAGUGAGGUUUUAAGUUUUCUCAUGCUCUUUAUAGAUGAAUAUUUGUCACAGUAACAUACUACAACUGUUUGAAUGAAAGAUUGAUCGAUUUAUUGUUUAUCAUUUCUGGAUCAAUCAUUUUGGAUUUGAAAGCAAUACAUUUCAGCUUUAUAGUGUUCAGUGCGGUUAUAUUUGUUUGUUUUUUAAUAUGCCAUUUAGCAGACACUUUUAUCCAAAGCGACUUACAGUCAUGUGUGCAUACAUUUUUACGUAUGGGUGGUCCCGGGGAUCGAACCCACUACCCUGGCGUUACAAGCGCCAUGCUCUACCAAUUGAGCUACAGUUUUUCCAUCCAUAAUAAAUUGUUUCUACAGUUGAAGUCGGAAGUUUACAUACACCUUAGCCAAAUACACUUAAACUCAGUUUUCCACAAUUCCUGACAUUUAAUCCUAGUAAAAAUGUCCUGUCUUAGGUCAGUUAGGAUCACCACUUUAUUUUAAGAAUGUGAAAUAUCAGAAUAAUAGUAGAGAGAAUUAUUUAUUUCAGCUUUUAUUUCUUUCAUCACAAUCCCAGUCAGAAGUUUACAUACACUCAAUUAGUAUUUGGUAGCAUUGCCUUUAAAAUGUUUAACUUGGGUCAAAUGUUUUGGGUAGCCUUCCACAAGCUUCCCACAAUAAGUUGGGUGAAUUUUGGCCCAUUCCUCCUGACAGAGCUGGUGUAACUGAAUCAGGUUAGUAGGCCUCCUUGCUCGCACACGCUUUUUCAGUUCUGCCCACACAUUUUCUAUAGGAUUGAGGUCAGGGCUUUGUGAUGGCCACUCCAAUACCUUGACUUUGCUGUCCUUAAGCCAUUUUGCCCCAACUUUGGAAGUAUGCUUGUGGUCUUGUCCAUUUGGAAGACCCAUUUGCGACCAAGCUUUAACUUCCUGACUGAUGUCUUGAGAUUGUUGCUUCAAUAUAUCCACAUAAUUUUCCUUCCUCAUGAUGCCAUCUAUUUUGUGAAGUGCACCAGUCCCUCCUGCAGCAAAGCACCCCCACAGCAUGAUGCUGCCACCCCCGUGCUUCACAGUUGGGAUGGUGUAUUUCGGCUUGCAAGCGACCCCUUUUUUCCUCCAAACAUAAUGAUGGUCAUUAUGGCCAAACAGUUAUAUUUUUGUUUCAUCAGACCAGAGGACAUUUCUCCAAAAAGUACGAUCUUUGUCCACAUGUGCAGUUGCAAACCGUAGUCUGGCUUUUAUAUGGCGGUUUUGGAGCAGUGGCUUCUUCCUUGCUGAGCGGCCUUUCAGGUUAUGUCGAUAUAUAACUAUUUUUACUGUGGAUAUAGAUACUUUUGUACCUGUUUCCUCCAGCAUCUUCACAAGGUCCUUUGCUGUUGUCCUGGGAUUGAUUUGCACUUUUCGCACCAAAGUAUGUUCAUCUCUAGGAGACAGAACACGUCUCCUUGCUGAGCGGUAUGACGGCUGCGUGGUUCCAUGUUGUUUAUACUUGCGUACUAUUGUUUGUACAGCUGAACGUGGUACCUUCAGGCGUUCGGAAAUUGCUCCCAAGGAUGAACCAGACUUGUGGAGGUCUACAAUUUUCUUUCUGAGGUCUUGGCUGAUUUUGUUUAGAUUUUCCCAUGAUGUCAAGCAAAGAGGCACUGAGUUUGAAGGUAGGCCUAGAAAUACAUCCACAGGUACACCUCCAAUUGACUCAAAUUAUGUCAAUUAGCCUAUCCGAAGCUUCUAAAGCGUGACAUCAUUUUCUGGAAUUUUCCAAGCUGUUUACAUUUACAUUUACAUUUUAGUCAUUUAGCAGACGCUGUUAUCCAGAGCGACUUACAGGAGCAAUUAGGGUUAAGUGCCUUGCUCAAGGGCACAUUAACGUCAUUUAGCAGACGCUCUUAGCCAGAGCGACUCACAAAUUGGUGCGUUUACCCUAUAGCCAGUGGGAUAACCACUUUACAAUUUGGGGGGGGGGGGGGGGGGGGGGGUUAGAAGGAUUACUUUAUCCUAUCCCAGGUAUUCCUUAAAGAGGUGGGGUUUCAAAUGUCUCCGGAAGGUGGUGAGUGACUCCGCUGUCCUGGCGUCGUGAGGGAGCUUGUUCCACCAUUGGGGUGCCAGAGCAGCGAACAGUUUUGCCUGGGCUGAGCGGGAACUAUGCUUCCGCAGAGGAAGGGGAGCCAGCAGGCCAGAGGUGGAUGAACGCAAUGCCCUCGUUUGGGUGUAGGGACUGAUCAGAGCCUGAAGGUACAGAGGUGCCGUUCCCCUCACUGCUCCAUAGGCAAGCACCAUGGUCUUGUAGCGGAUGCGAGCUUCAACUGGAAGCCAGUGGAGUGUGCGGAGGAGGGGGGUGACGUGAGAGAACUUGGGAAGGUUGAACACCAGACGGGCUGCGGCAUUCUGGAUGAGUUGUAGGGGUUUAAUGGCACAGGCAGGGAGGCCAGCCAACAGCGAGUUGCAAUAGUCCAGACGGGAGAUGACAAGUGCCUGGAUUAGGACCUGUGCCGCUUCCUGUGUAAGGCAGGGUCGUACUCUCCGAAUGUUGUAGAGCAUGAACCUGCAGGAUCGGGUCACCGCAUGUAAACUUCUGACCCACUGGAAUUGUGAUACAGUGAAUUAUAAGUGAAAUAAUAUGUCUGUAAAUUGUUGGAAAAAUUACUUGUGUCAUGCACAAAGUAGAUGUCCUAACCGACUUGCCAAAACUAUAGUUUGUUAACAAGAAAUUUGUGGAGUGUUUGAAAAGCGAGUUUUAAUGACUCCAACCUAAGUGUAUGUAAACUGCCGACUUCAACUGUAUAUCAAAUGUAAAGAUAGUUCUGCAUACCGUCAUGCGUUAUGACACGAGCACCUAUACUAUCAGAUUCCAGAUCAGUCGUCAUGUAUCAUAACAUAAACAUUUCUCUCUCUCCCUCUCUCUCUCUCUCUCUCUCUCUCUCUCUCUCUCUCAGGACGGGUGAAGAGGUGGUGACUGAGGUGAAGCUCCUGCGCAUGGGCUCCAUGACAAUGCCGCCCCCCCCGGAGCGCAUGCCCGUGCCCCCCUAUCUUGCUUGCGGGCCGGGCUUCACCGUGCGCUCCCAGUCCCUACACUCGGUGGGCGGGGGCAGUAAUGGUGGCGGGGAGGAGGAGGUGGGCAGCCCCACCUCCCGCAAGCUGCCCCCGCCCAAACCCAGGAGGGACCCGGCUACCAAGCUGAGCAUUUCCUCUGAGACAGUGGACCACAGCCCCACCUUGGUCUGCAGGGGCUGCAGGGCCAAUCCGGACAGUUGUGAUGGUAAGUAUGGAACUGCACGGCUAGCUAAGCAAACAUAGCCUGUAAUUCAACGUAGCCAAGGCAACAUAGCCUGUAAUUCAACGUAGCCAAGGCAACAUAGCCUGCAAUUCAACGUAGCCAAGGCAACAUAGCCUGAAAUUCAACGUAGCCAAGGCAACAUAGCCUGCAAUUCAACGUAGCCAAGGCAACAUAGCCUGCAAUUCAACGUAGUCAAGGCAACAUAGCCUGCAAUUCAACGUAGCCAAGGCAACAUAGCCUGCAAUUCAACGUAGCCAAGGCAACAUAGCCUGCAAUUCAACGUAGCCAAGGCAACAUAGCCUGCAAUUCAACGUAGCCAAGGCAACAUAGCCUGUAAUUCAACGUAGCCAAGGCAACAUAGGCCUAAUACACACCUAUGAAAAAAUACUACCCAAUGCACAACUACACAAACACACAAGACCAUUAUGCAACAACGAACAAUUACGGAAAAACACAACACAACUAUGAAAAACACUGCUGCGUACACGUACCACACAGCUAAGAAAACAAACUACAGGACAACACACAACUAUACCAACAUUACGGAGAAACACUACACCACAAUAUGCACUGGGUGGUGUACGUGUGACAGCACUGUACAGCAUUCCUGUCUGACAUUACAUAACAACACCACACUCCAUUUGUCUGAAGCAGGCGAUCUCAGAGGGCUGGGCUGUAAACGAAUUACAAGCCAGAGUGCAGUGAGUGUACAUGAGGUUGAGUGCAGCAAUGCGGAUGAACUCCAUAACAAACCAAACAUAGGCUUCUAGUGAGUGAGGCUCUGCUUGGUCAUUCAAUUCCACUGCUCCUGCCGUUUAUAUAGGCCUACAUGUACAGUAUGUCAGCCCAGUCGGCCAAUGUUUGCCACUAUUACUGCAUGGUGGACGUGCGUGCAAACUUUCUUUUCAUCAUACUUUCUCAUCCCCACACGGACAUGUUGCAGUGUUAGAUUCCACCCCCCCCCCCCCCCCCCCCCCGCUCAUCUUAGUCUUGGGAUUUCACCACAUGAGGCUGCUGAGGUCUCACGACUCAUAAUAAUAGACGAACCGGAGCAAAUGGAAUGGUAUCAAACACCUGGAAACCAUGUGUUUGAUGUAUUUGAUACCAUUCCUCCAGUCAUUAACAUGAGCACGUUCUCCCCAAUUAAGGUGCCACCAACCUGACUCUACUAACUCAUUCAGGCUUGAGGAGGUUCGAAGGGUGCGUGCGAAGUGACCGGUCUCAUUUUUGAUGUGCUGUCGAAAAGCUAACCGUUUGGAAAAUGCCUCCCCACAGCAUGUGCAACAUACAGUAUCUGCGUUCUACAGUGUCUGCUCAUCCGUUUUCUCCUUAAAACCCACAAAGACCCAGUUUACAUUUCGCAAGAGAAUGUGCUCCAAGAAUGGUCACAUCCGGAGAGAUCUGAUCUUGAUGUCCUGGUGUGACUCGUUUAGCCUAUGUGAUCAGCUCUAGCAUGAAUCCUCACCAGGUAGACAAAAGUGAUCCGCUCUGCGCCUGUUGUGAGCAAAAGUGUCAGAGGUCACUGCAAGUCGUUGUUGCAUGCAAUUGGCAAUUCACCGGAAUUUUAUAAUAACAGCAGAUAUCAAAGGAAAACAGAUGAAUGAAAUGAAUGAUGGAAGCAGGACACAUUGGGAAAAAUAUGAUUACUGUAAUAGAAAAUGUAAAUAGAGACAAGGUAAUGAAUGGAUGGACAUUCAACCAUCUCUAAUCAGAUAUGAUUUGUUUUUACUUGAUUCAUUAUAAAAGCAGUAGUGUGGCCUUCUGGUUACUGGAAUGGAAACUAAUAGAGCAUAAGAACCAUAAAUCACUGUUCAGCUGUAGACCUAUAUCAUAUAGCAUGAAAACAACAAAAUACUUUGACAGAACAAAGAACACCUGCUAAGCAAGGAAACAACAAGUGCUGCAAAAAAUGAAGAAAUUAACAGGCUAUUAAAGUCUUAUAGUCUUAAAGGGCUGUGAGAAACUUAAAGGGGAAUAUACAACCGCAUUUGACUGCGUUGCAGUUUGACGUGUGUGCCAAUGUGAUGGUUGGUUAGGGAGUUGCCCUGGUUGCCUCAGAUUGGAGGGGAUCACUGUAUGCACACAGAUCUUCCUCUGCACCACGGCAACCAUCCCACAGAAACAAGACCCCCGUAGCCCGGCCAAUCAGAACAGCAGCAGGCAGAGAGAGCCAAUGAGGCGGCAGCAACGGUUGAGCUCUAAGGCGUCCUGGCCAAUCGCCGUCGGAGUGUGGGGGUGUCCAUCACAGAAAGCAGGGUUGUUGCGUGAGCCGGAGCAGGCUUUGCGCCGAGCAGGGGGGAGGGGCCAGUCGGAAGCAGAAUUCAUUCAGGAGGAGCGAUUGACCUAGAUUCCUUUUCCCCCAGGAGGACAGGGGGUGUGGGUAAACACAUCCGCUACGGGGGAGGGGGCGAGAGAGCGGGCGAAGGGAGGCGGGGGAGGAUGAACUCAUCAUCUGUUCGUGAAACAGAUCUCAAGAUCCACCAUGCAACCCAGUUAGUGUAAUGAUAAUAAUAACAGGCCACGUAUCCGUUGCGGAGACACAAAUUACACAAAGCCACAUCUACAAUUGAAACACACACACACACACCACACACACCCACCACACACACACACACACCCACACCACACACGACACACACACACCACACACCACACAUACCAUACCCCACACACACACACACACACACACACACAAACACACACCACAACACACACACACACACACACACACACACACACACACACACACACACACACACACUGGACCACAGCUGACUGUGCUCAAAUUUCCUAUUAUCAUCCGGUUGAGAAAAUGGUAAUGAUAAAUAAAGACCUGUUGAAUUUACAACCUGUGUUUUAAUGUGCACUUGUUGGAGGAAAACAACAUAUUUGCCCUUUACCUGUGUGUGUAGUAGGGAGAGAUUUAAGUUCAGAGACUAUGAAUGUUAAUAUGUUGAGGUUGGGUUGAGGUAAUGGGUGUACUGUGUAUGAAAGAUUUCAAAGGGAUGAAUGGUGUGUGUGUGUGUGUGUGUGUGUGUCGUGAUGGAGGUGGUGAGUCAUAGAGAGGAGCAUGCGACUGGACCAUCUGGCGUCUGAAUUAUUAAAGGUGUAAAAUCUGCAGUUUGAAGGAAACAUGUUCCAGCUCUUAUCUUCCACUUUCAUCUGACCAAUGGGAAAAAGGGACACACUAAUACACUAAUUGACCUAGAAAUACACCCUCUCCCUGCACUACAAUAUACUAUAACCAGAACAUAUCUAGCCUAAAGGAACACCUGUCUCUAUAUGGCUGUGAUAUACAAGAUCCAAAUGGAUUCACUGCAAUGCUACGUCAUACCAACCUGAAAAAACCCACACAGUUUGACCCAGAUACACUUAACUACUACACUACCGUAUAUCUGACCUAAAAACAUGAGGUUGAACUGUCUCUAUAUGUAGUCAUACAUUAUAUGAAAUAUGUGAUAUCUAUUAGCUGAAUAAAUUAGCUGAAUACAAUGAUAUAUAGAUAUAUAUUAUUUAUACAGUACCAGUCAAAAGUUUGGACACACCUUCUCAUUCAAGGGUUUUUCUAUAUUUUUACUAUUUUCUACAUUGUAGAAUAAUAGUGAAGACAUCACAACUAUGAAAUAACACAUAUGGAAUCAUGUAGUGACCAAAAAACUGUUAAACAAAUCAAAAUAUAUUUUAGAUUUUUUUUAGAUCCUUUGCCUUGAUGACAGCUUUGCACACUCUUGGCAUUCUCUCAACCAGCUUCACCUGGAAUGCUUUUCCAACAAUCUUAAGGAGUUCCCACAUUCUGAGUACUUGUUGGCUGCUUUUCCUUCACUGUGCGGUCCAACUCAAUCCAAACCAUCACAAUUGUUUUGAGGUCGGGUGAUUGUGGAGGCCAGGUCAUCUGAUGCAGCACUCCAUCAAUCUCCUUCUUGGUCAAAUAGCCCUUACAGCCUGGAGGUGUGUUGGGUCAUUGUCCUGUUGAAAACCAAAUGAUAGUCCCACUAAGCGCCUACCAUGGGAUGGCGUACCAAUGGGAUGGCGUAUCGAUUCAGAAUGCUGUGGUAGCCAUGCUGGUUAAGUGUGCCUUGAAUUCUAAAUACAUCACAGACAGUGUCACCAGCAAAGCACCUCCACACCAUCACACCUCCUCCUCCAUGCUUCACAGUGUGAACCACACAUGCGGAGAUCAUCCGUUCACCUACUCUGCAUCUCACAAAGACACGGCGGUUGGAAACAAAAUUCUCAAAUUUGGACUCAUCACUGCCAAAGGAUAGAUUUCCAACGGUCUAAUGUCCAUCGCUCGUGUUUCUUGGCCCAAGCAAGUCUCUUCUUAUUAUUGGUGUUGUUUAGUAGUGGUUUCUUUGCAGCAAUUCGACCAUGAAGGCCUGAUUCAAGCAGUCUCCUCUGAACAGUUGAUGUUGAGAUGUGUCUGUUACUUGAACUCUGUGAAGCGUUUAUUUGGGCUGCAAUUUCUGAGGCUGGUAACUAUAAUGAACCUCUGCAGCAGAGGUAACUCUGGGUCUUCCUUUCCUGUGGCAGUCCUCAUGAGAGCCAGUUUCAUCAUAGCGCUUUAUGGUUUUUGCGACUGUACUUGAAGAAACUUUAAAAGUUCUUGAAAUUUUCCGUAUUGACUGACCUUCAUAUCUUAAAGUAAUGAUGGACUAUCAUUUCUCUUUGCUUAUUUGAGCUGUUCUUGCCAUAAUAUCGACUUGGUCUUUUACCAAAUAGGGUUAUCUUCUGUAUACCAACCUUACCUUGUCACAACACAACUGAUUGGCUCAAAUGCAUUAAGAAGGAAAUGAAUUCCAUAAAUUAACUUUUAAGAAGGCACACCUGUUAAUUUAAAUUCAUUCCAGGUGACUACCUCAUGAAGCUGGUUGAGAGAAUGCCAAGAGUGUGCAAAGCUAUCAUCAAGGCAAAGGCUGGCUACUUUGAAGAAUCUCAAAUAUAAAAUAUAUUUUGAUUUGUUUAACACUUUUUUGGUUCAUACAUGAUGUGUUAUUUCAUAGUUGUGAUGUCUUCACUAUUAUUCUACAAUGUAGAAAAUAGUAAAAAUAAAGAAAACCCCUGGAAUGAGUAGGUGUGUCCAAAGUUUUGACUGGUACUGUAUAUAUUUUAUACAUCCGAGUCAAUAAAAUUUUUUCAGCUAUUGCAACCUACAUCUGACCCAAAGACAUGUAACACGUAAUAAUACAGUAAUGGUUUACUAUAAUUUCACGUUUUGUUUUUCUGCUCCUUCAGCGCCACAAGGCUGCGGUGAAGACUGCAAGAGGGUCCCUCCCCCCAAACCCAGGAGGAACCCCAACACCCAGCUGAGCACCUCCUUCGAUGAGUCCUACAUCAGGAAGCACGGAGGCUCCAAGGGUCACUCCCCCUCUGCGGAGCGCGAGCGCAACCCCUCGCCGCCGAGCGACGAGAGCCCCAGCCACCACUCUGACUCGGAUGAGCCCGUCUACAUCGAGAUGGGUGCCAGUGUUGGGGGCGGGGGGCAAACAGAGGCACCCAAGAGUGAGGACGAGGAGCCGGACGAGUCGGUGUACGAGGAGAUGAAAUACCCCCUCCUGGAUGAUAUGGACUACCGCUGGGACCCCCCGGGAUGCCGCUCCGCCUGCCCCACCCCGGCGCCACUGGACCCCGAGCCCCUCAGUCGCUGCUCCACCCCGCGCAACAUCCCCCUCUGCGACAUCCCCGCGCCCUUCCCCAACCUGCUCACCCACCGGCCGCCCCUCCUGGUGUUCCCCCCUGCGCCGGCCCAGUGCUCGCCAAACUCGGACGAGUCCCCACUCACCCCUCUGGAUGCACUGACAAAACUGCCCAUGAUGGACAACUCCGGUGCCUACAGCAAGUCGCCCACCUCCUCUUCUGAGCCCCCCUCGGCACACCUACGCCGUGAGCUGACCGCCACGCCCACCCUGACCGUGUCGGGUCGCUCGUCGGCCCCGCCCCUGCCCUGCACCCUUUACAAGUCCUCGGCCUCCUCAGCCCAUGGCUAUCAGCGCAGCCACUCAGCCUGCCCCUCGCCCGUCAGCAUGGGCCGCUGCCUAACGCCCCUCAGCCUGAUGCGUGCGCCACCCUUCGAUAACCCCAUUCCCUUCCCAGGCGGGCUGCCACGCAGCGCCUCUGCCACGCCCCACGGAAAGGGCUCGCCCCCCCAGGACUGCAUUGCCGGGGGCAGGCUGCAUGGGUCAAUGCAGAACGUGUCGACGGGGCGCUCACGCACACCGACCAGCCCCCUGGACGAGCUGACCAACCUGUUCACCGCCGGCAGGAACAUGAUGAAGAAGAAUGCCAGCGGGAGGAAGUCCAAGGAGCCCGGGGAGAGUGAGUGUCAAUCAUUCAGUCAAUCAAUCAGUCAAUCAAUGCAUGACAUGAUCUAUUUGUCAAUCUAGUUACAGAAUCAGUCAAUAUCAACAUAGAGGUAACAAAAUAGUUCCUCCACAGGUAUCCACUAUCCAGUCUGAUCCAAACUGACUGCAGUGCCAUAACCCACACAGUGUAACAUUGACAUGUUGUUGACACAUUGACGCACAAACUACAGCAAUGGUUCAAGCUUUUUUGUGAAGUUAGUUAUUAGUGGUCUCAUCAGUGUCAUGUUAAUAUAAACCCCUUUUCAUCUGGUAAAGCAACUUCCAAUCCCGCUAAAUUAGGAGAUACUGCUGCUGAUGUUUGCCGUGGGUGUUUGUGGGUCUUUGCAAGCAUUUCCUUCGUGAGCCCGUUUAAUCUAUGCCCACCAAACGUAGACUGAUACAGAUCAUAUGAUUUAAUCUGGCCGGAUUAGGGAGUAAAGCGGUCAGCAUGCCUCUCAAACCCUGCAAUGGUAUUAAGCCACCGCACAGCAUUACUCUUAAAUAUGUAAACAUCAUGUUUAAACACAGGAGGCCAAUGCGUCCAGUGCAGGACGGUGCCAAAAUUACACGAAUGGUGAAUCCAGAUAGUUACCCAACUCCGGAGAUUAACACAUUUCUAUAAAACUUCAGAACCGGUUUUCCGUAUUCAUACUUCGUCGACCAUCCUGUGAUCUGUAUAUUCAGCCAUUAUAUUUCUCCUAGUUACCGACCCCUGUUGAGACAUGGCCUGAAACUUCAAGGAAUAAAAUAUGAAUUUGUGUUUGAAACCAUAUACAAUACUGUAUUGCAAAUUGUAAAGGAGUAAAUGGUGUGUAGGUAUUCAAGACUUGUGUUCCUUAAUUGUGGUCACAAGAGCAGUGAAGUGUGUUAAUGGGUUUUUAUCAGAUUGGUUGAUGAUUUUGAGAGAGAUCUAACAUAGCAACUAACUCCAUGGGAGAAUUCCCACUGGUUGAGUGUAUUUGAACCCAUAUAGGGCUAUACAUAAAAAAUGACUGGGCACGUGUCAAUCUGCACUUAACUCCGAGAGCUUCAUAGCAACCACCAACUCCAAACCAGUCAUAGCAACAGAAGAAGGAGCCUCUCUUAUUUGCAGCAUCCCUCCCAGUGGGGAAGUGGGCCAAUCGCAGCGCAGGUCACACCAGCUUCCAACUGAUCAUGUGCAGCAGCAGCAGCAGGCUUCCUGAGAGACAACCAAGGCUUUUACACCUGAUCAGAGAGUUCUAUUCCUCUCUUGGCCCAAUCAGCUAGUAAAGAUUGAAACAAGGGAAACAGCUUCACAGUCACCAAUCAGGAGAGAGAAAGAAGCCGUUGCUGACUUCCUGGAAUUGUAACACCACAAUCUUCUCUGACUGUAGGAAAUAUUGGUUGGUGGUUCUGGCAAAUGUUUGCAUCUCGCCUUUUAUGCAAAUUAUGUGUAUUUCUUGGUUUUAAUUGGCCUGUGGGAUUAUUUGUUGGCUCUGUCCUCUUCAUGCAUAUGCAGUAAUGUCUUAUUGAUGCACAGUUCUGUGUUGUCCUUUAGCCCAAUAGAGAGAGACAAGUAGAGAGAGAUAGAACAUUACAAUUGUCAAAUAGGCCUACUGCAUUGUUUUAGAAACAUUUCACCAAAUAUGACAGAUUAAAACAGCAAAUAAAUGUGUGAAAUAAGAAUGCAUUGAAAAUGGUUACUGAGCCUUUACCUACCCAUGUAUACUAGUAUCUAUGCAAUUCACAUCCUGGAUGUCUCCAUGACAUCUGUCAAAUGAAACAACAGCAUUUCCCAGUAAUUCAGGCAAAAUGACCUCAUCUCAUGCCAAUGGUUCAUUGCGCCCACAGCGCAUGGGUGACACCAAGUGUCCAUAUAGCGUUAGUGCAGUGCUUUAAAAAAAAAUGUAAUCUUUAUAUAGGCUAUGUUUACUAGUUAUUUUGUGUUGAAGUAACAGAAUAUACUACUAACUAAUUGGUAGGGACAUGCAGGAACUUGGUAUUUUAAGGUAUUUGACUGUGUUUCUCCUAGGAAAUAACAGGAGAUACCACUAGGCAUAACUAAUAACUAGGGACUUGAAGAAACUUGGUAUUUUACGGUGUCUGACUGUGUUUCUGCUCUGUUACAGCCGAGUCCAAGAGUAAGCCUAACAGCGAGUCCAGACGUGACGGAAAGGAGCGGCACAGUCACAGCAAGGAGUCCAAACGGGAGAGCAAGGAGUCCAAACGGGAGAGCAAGGAGUCCAAACGGGAGAGCAAGGAGUCCAAACGGGAGAGCAAGGAACGUAGCAAAGAGUCUUCUUCUCACAGACGCGACGCCAAGGACAGGGGCUGUAGCAGUGUUGAACCCCUGCCUAUGAAACGGGACAGCAGAGACCGGGGUUGUAGUAGUGUGGAGCCCUUGCCUAUGACAAGAGACAGCAAAGACAGGGGUUGCACUAGUAUUGAGCCCCCGCCUGUCAGACGGGACAGCAAAGACAGGGGCUACAAUAACAUAGAACUGAUGCCUAGGCGCAAUAGCAAAGACAGAAGUGUCCACGGCAUGGAGCCUUUACUACGGCAGGACAGUAAAGACUCUCCCCGGAAUGGUGUGGAGUCCAGACAUGACAGCAUAGAAAGGCUCAACCACCAGAACCCACCGGAUCUUCUACCCAGGCAAGAUAGCAAAGACCGAACCAGGAACGAAAUGGAUUCGAGACAUGACAGCAAAGAACAAAUGGAUCAGCCACCAGAGCUCCUACCCAGACAAAAUUGCAAAGAUUCACCCAGAAAUGGCCUUGAGUGCAGACGUAAUAGCAAAGACCGAGACAGGGCGAGCUACGGCCUGGAGUCUAGACAAGAGGGCAAAGAACGAAGUUACAAUGGAAUGGAGCCCUUACCCCAACAGGACAUCAAAGAGUCAGCCAGAAAUGGCCUUGAGGCCAGGCGUGACAGCAAGGACAGAAGCUGCAAUGGCUCAGAGCUGCCUCCCCGGCGCGAUAGCUACGGCAAGAGUGCCAAUGGGGUAGAUCCUAGGCGCGACAAAGACCGGGUGGGUUACAGCGCAGAAGUUUUACCCAGGCGUGAUAGCAGAGAUAGGGGGACCUACAGCGUUGAGCAAUCAAAAGCACAAGAGAGGAACUGUGUAUCAGGGCAACAAUCAUUGACGGCCACACCAACUCGGCACGGAAGACCUGCUGGCAGUCCGCCAAUGAUGUUGGGAACUGGCAAUACAGGUGAGGAUAGCCUAAUUGAAAUUGCACAUACAGCUCAACAUAACUUGUGGUAAAUUAUUUACACGCACUAAACAUGUCCUCAUCAUACACAAUUAUCUGCAAAGUUUAGAGAGAUGCUAUACUGUUAAUUGCAAUAACAUGUAAGUAGCGUAUCCAUAAUCAAACAAUUUGAACAUUCUCUGACUCGGUUGCAUGGGUAACUAAAAUGUACAUACAACCAAGGUUAUUACUGAUAAGUUAUUGGCAUAAAAUAAACUUGCUAAAGUAAACUAUAUACACAGUACAUUACUGACCCACUGUCAAAGAUAGUUUAAAGCAAAGUUGUGAGGACUGUGUGUGUCCUGCUGAGGUAGCCUAGCGGUUGGAGUGUUGGGCCAGUAACCUUGUUUGAAUACUCGAGGUGACAAAUCUGUCAAUGUGCCCUUGAGAAAGGCACUUAACCCUAAUUUGCUCCAGAGCCACCGUACUACUAUGGCUGACCCUGUAAAACAGGGGUGUCAAACUCAUUCCACGGAGGGCUGAGUGUCUGCGGGUUUUCAGUUAAGACCUAGACAACCAGGUGAGGGGAGUUCCUUACUAAUUAGUGACCUUAAUUCAUCAAUCAAGUACAAGGGUGGAGCGAAAACCCGCAGAAACUCGGCCCUCCGUGGAAUGAGUUUGACACGUGCUGUAAAACAACACAUUUCACUGCACCUAUCCGGUGUGUGUGACAAUAAAACAUAUUUUGAGUGCGCUUGUUAGCUAGCUUGCUAGGCUAAUUUAGUCAGGAUAUUGACUGUCACCUUGGCUGUCAGUUGAAGACAUUGAAUUAAUUAUUAGGAUAUUUAAAGUUUGAAAAUUAAAAGAAUAAACACCAUUUUACACUUUUCAAACGAAAUAAGCAACUUACCUAGGCCAACUUUUCUCAUCAAGUUGCAGUCUCAAACUCAAGAAAGUUGAUUUUCUCUGGUUUUGGCAGAAAUACUUAGAUAAUCACACUGCGCGCGCCCUUGACCAGGUGCAGGUGCUCUUUUGAAACACACUGUAGCCGACAUAGCUAGUAGCCUAGGCUACCCAACAUAUAAAAUUAAAUAUGAUUCCAAGUGUUAUCUUAUAGACAAGACGUAAAACAUGGUGAGAGAACUACAAAGUAGCCUACACUAUUUAUUCUGGUACUGAAAGAUGGCAAUGGAUAUCAAUUAAUGUGGUGGUGAUUGGUAAGGGUUUGAGAUUGUGUUUAGGCUUGCAACUGUGUAUUGCUACACCAUAACUUUCUGUUUUGUUGCAUGUAAACCAUUAAAAGAUUGAGCUAAAUGUAUUAAUAUAAAUGCAUUUGUCCCUUUUUAUAGAGCUGAAACCAGCACUUCCGAAGUAUGGCCGCUCCUCCUCCGCCCCAGUUACACCCUCUCCCUUGGGGACCCCACAGAGGCAAGCACCAGAGGCACAGGUAAUUCGAUGAGAUAGGCCCCUACUGCAGACCUGGAUCAAUAUCUAUUCGUUUUCUUUGAUUCUUGAGAUGUGCUUGAUUUACUUUCCCUGGUUGCCUACUGCUCUUCUCCCCAGGUGCCCCAGAUGCCGUGGAUGUGUGGGGACAGCACCAUGCUGGAGCAGAUCGAGAGGAAACGCACCCUCUGCAUGGAGAUCCGCUCCAGGCAGCGGCACCCAGACAGGAACCUGUGCAAGCAGAAGAGCAACGGGGCCAAAAAGAUUCAGCCGCCCCCCUACCCCACACAGACCACUGUGUUCUGGGACACAGCCAUCUGA